GAGAUUUAUGUUAUUUGAAUUUGAAUGUUCCAAUAGUUCCAUUUUUAUUAUUUGAUAUUUGCAUAUGGAACAGUUCAGAGAUGUCCAGUUUUUCUACACACCUUCCCAAGCUAACGUGUAUACAAAAACGGAGAUACAAUUGAUGAAUGGCGCUACCAAAGUUCUUGUUGCUUCUUUGAAGAGGGAAAUAUUUUGUUUUGAAUUCCAAGAAUCGCCAACAGGUUCAUUAAUACCUACUACCAAAGAAAUUUCUUUCACUUACAUACCAAAUGGAGCUGAGAUAAUUUCAAUAGAUGCCUUCAACAAAUCAACAACUACUAAUGAAUUUGUAAUUGGAAUUACCAUUAUUAAGAACAGUAAUGAUACAGAAGGUCACCUGGAAACAUACUUGAACAUUUAUUCUGGUGAAGAAGCAGAUGAUUUCAACAUUGAAAAUAUAGCACAAAGUUGUCUCAAUGUUGAACUCAGUUUCAUUCCAUACAAACUUCUCCACACCUACUUGAUAGGAUGGAAAGAUGAUCAAAUAGUGAGCAAAGAGAUUGUUUUUAUUUUAUCUGGCAGUGAUAAUCAAGUUCAUGUAUACAGAGAAAACAUUGCUGAUCAUAUUUAUAAGGAAAUUGAUAACAAAGAGCACUUUCCUGAAUUUUCAAAAACCCCUAGUCCUAUUAUCUGGAUUGAUAUUCAUUACACAGGAGAUUUUGUGGACCGAGUUAGUUCAUUUGCCUGUGAGUGUGGGUAUGUAAAAUUAUUCAAGGUUAAUGUAAAAUCCAACAAAGUGGUCUAUGAUUUAUCUACCAGAUUUGGUAAUUAUAUCUCCAAAGUCCUACUUUUUCCUGAGCAUAAUCCCAGAACAACUUAUACCUUCCAAAAAGGCAAUUUUAUGAAGGAACACAAACCAGACCCAGAAAGAACAGAGGUCCUCAAUUUGGUUGUUGUUAAUACAAUUCUACCAGCAGUAGUGUUUCAUGAUGUACUACAGUAUGGUCUUAGUAACUAUGCAACAUUGCCAAGGAUUGAUUCUACUAGUGUAUUAACAAGUUGUGAAGUAGCAGAUAUAGGUUUCAAUGGAAUGAAGAGUAUUUUGAUUGGCAAUAGCACAAAAGAGAUCAUGUUGUAUGAGAAAAAUAAGGAGAAAGGCUGGUGCUUGGAAGAAAUAAAAACAUUUUCAGCACCUAUUCUUGGAAUAAAAUAUAUAGAUAUAACAGGAGAUGGAGUAAAAGAUUUGGUAGUUUUAUCAAUGAGAGGAGUACAUGUUCUUCAAUAUGACUUGUCUCUACUACAAAGUAUUUUGAAUGAGAAAAUUCAAAAUAUGCUCCUGCCUGAACCAGAAACAGUCCAAGUGGAUAAAUGAAAAGUUUCUCAAAAAUCAAAUGGUUUCAAGGAAUAAUAUAUUAUUGAAUGUUUGAUAUUUGAAUUUUUCAUUGAAGAAAUGGAGGAUGAAAUGAUGCAAUGAUACCUAUCCCAAAAUAUUAUGCCAAUAUCACCAGUUACCCAAAAUAUCAGCCAGUAUUCUUUCACUUCAACAAUACCUGUCAGCUGCCAGGACUAUCUUGAAGAUUCAUUUUCAGUAACAGCAGUAACAAAAUAUAGAUAUUUUCAUUUAGUAGAAAAGGUCCACCCUUUUAUUCAUGUUAUUUUUGAUCCAGAAAAAACAAUACAGGGAAGUUGAUUAUGCCAAGAUGAGGACUUUCCACAGCCCUGAUCAGAAGUUUUACAGGGUGAUCCCUAAAAGCGUGACUAACCACAAGUUAUUUUUUUAAUGGAUUACCUUGUUUUUAUAUAUUUUUUGGAAUCUGUGAUUUCUUGUGAUCACCAAAAGAUAUUUAUUAUUAUACAGUAUGACAUCUUCUAUUUUCACUUGAUAAUCAUCACUGUUUUGGCCCCAGAAAAACAAUUUUUGUGGGUUGACAUAUACACAUCCUGUUAGCCAUGGAUGGAUACAUCAUUAUCAAGUACAUUCCCAAACUGAGAGUGAUCACCAAUUGAUCAGACAAAAAUGUUUUUUGGGGUCAAAAGAGUGGUAAUGAUGAAGUGAAAAUAGAAAAAAACAUACUGUAUUUAUAUAUUUUGUAAUCAAAAAAAUCAAAAAUUCCGGAAAAAAAGAUUUAAAACAGGUGUUUCAUUGGAAAAACUGUGGUAUGUUACAUUUGUAGGGAUCACCUCGGGGAUCACCCUGUAAAACUUCUGAUACGGGAUGGGAAAGGCCUCAUUGUAUGGGUGAGACAAGUAAAUAUUCUGUUUUUUUGGCUAUUCAUAAGGAAGAUAUAGGGUGUUUGGUCGUCUUUUCAGAAUAAUUCUAAUUUAGUGUAAUGUCUGAUUUAUAAUACUGUACUGAUAAUUUCAAUGUCACUAUAAUCCUCCACUAUUAUAGGAUAGGAAACACAAAAUAAUAUUAACACAGGGACCACAGGGUCAUGUUAUUCAAAUCGAAAAAGACACUAAGAAACCCUUCCUAUGGUAAAAGUUACCAUUUCCGAUCAUUAUUUCAAAUAUUCCCCUGCAGAGCUUCAAAUUUCAGGAGAAACAGUUUCUAGUUUUUCCAAUUUUUUUUUCGGGGCUAGUCGUCUUCGACAAUAAUAACAAUAUACCAACAAUAAUCUUGGUUUCCCAACUUUUUUCUUUUUCAUUUUUCAAGUUGGUGUUGGUAAAUAUUCUUCAGUCCAUAUUUUCCCAAAAUGGUUUUCAAAGAUUGUGGCUUUCUCCAACUUGAACAUUGGUCAUCAGUAAUGGGAAACUAUAGGAGAUGAGAAGAUAGUUAACUUAGAGCAACCCCAAUAAACUUAGCAGAACCACUUCAAUAUUUCGGAUUUGCAAUAGUACUUACUAUAAUGUGUUACUAAUUUAGUACUGAUUUAUUAUCAUAUUCGUAAAUUUAUUACUCUUCAUUAAACAGAAAAAACCAACGGCUCUGCUAGCUUUAUGUCAACCUAGCAGAACCAUAGCUGAAAAUUUAAUGUUUUGAAAAUUUUAUAUAUACCAUAAUCUAUAACUAUUUUAUUACUAACUUAUAACUAUAAUCACGAAUUUUUUACUCAUCAUUCAGAGAAAACAACGACGAUUUGUCUAUCUCGAUCUCAACCUGGCAGAACCAAAACUCAAAUCACAUGCUUUUUGAAAUUCUGUUGUAUCAUCGAUAAGUUACUAAUUCAUUACUAAUUUAUUACCACAUUCGCAAAUUUCUAACAUUUCAUUCAAUAGGGAAAACCAACGGCUCUUCUAGCUUGCUGUCAACCUAGCAGAGCCAUAGCUAAACAAUUAUUUUUUUGAAAACUUCUAAUAUACCAUAGUUUUUUACCAUUUUAUAACUAACUUAUAAUUUUACUAUAAUCACGAAUUUUUUACUAAUCAUUUCAAGAAAAAAAAACGCCCUUUAGUCUAUCUCGAUAUCAACCUAACAGAACCAAAACUCAAAUCACAUGGUUUUUGAAAUUGUUGAAUCAUCAAUAAGUUACUAAUUCAUUACUAGUUCAUUCUCACAUUCGCAAAAUUCUAACAAUUCAUACAAUAGGCAUAAUCGACGGUUCUGCUAACUUUAUAUCAACUCUAACAGAACCAUAGCUAAAAAAUUUCUAUUUUGAAAACUUCAAAUAUACCAUAAUUUAUAACUAUUUUAUUACCAAUUUACGACCAAAAUCACGAAUUUUUUACUCAUGAUCCCAAGGAAAAAACACCUAUUUGUCUAUCUUGAUCUCAACCUAGCAGAACCGAAACUCAAAUCACAAUCAUGUUGUUUGAAAUUCUAUUGAAUUAUCAAUGAGUUACUAAUUUAUUACUAAUUCAUUACCACAUUCGCAAAAUUAUAACACUUUAUUCAAAAGGCAAAAUCAACGGCUCUGCUAUCUUUAUGUCAUCAUAGCAGAACCAUAUCUAAAAAUUCAUCAUUUUGAAAACUUCUAAUAUACCAUAGUUUUUUACCAUUUUAUUACUAACUUAUAAUUUUACUAUAAUCACGAAUCAUUUACUAAUCAUUUCAAGAAAAAACAAAACGCCGAUUUGUCUAUCUCGAUAUCAACCUAACAGAACCAAAACUCAAAUCACAUGUUUCUUGAAACUGUUGAAUCAUCAAUAAGUUACUUAUUCAUUACUAAUUUAUUGUCACAUUCGCAAAAUUCUAACAAUUCAUACAAUAGGCAAAAUCGACGGUUCUGCUAACUUUAUAUCAACUCUAACAGAACCAUAGCUGAAAAAUUUCUAUUUCGAAAACUUCAAAUACACCAUAAUUUAUAACUAUUUUAUUACUAAAUUACGACCAAAAUCACGAAUCUUUUACUCAUUAUUUCUUCAUUUCAAGGAAAAAACGCCUAUUUGUCUAUCUCGAUCUCACCUAGCAGAACCAAAACUCAAAUCACAUGUUUUUUGAAAUUCAGUUGAAUCGUCGUAUAUUUGAAAUUUUCAAAAUAUUAAAUUUUCAGCUAUGGUUCUGCUAAGUUGACAUAAAUCUAGCAGAGCCGUUGGUUUUUUCUGUUUAAUGAAGGGUAAUAAAUUUGCGAAUAUGAUAAUAAAUUAGUACUAAAUUAGUAACAAAUUAUAGUACUAUUGCAAAUCAGAAAUAUUGAAGUGGUUCUGCUAAGUUUAUUGGGGUCUUAGAGCAAUGUUGCGCAUAUAUGUGACUAAAAAUAUGCCGUUGAGAAGAUUUUCAAAUUUCCAGUAUUUGGACAUUUUAGUGAAUCAUUUUCUUUUUUUUUCUGGUGUUAUUUGCUGGAGAACAUCAAAAUUGAGAGCACAUUCACAUUGCCACUUUCUUCCUGCAGUAUGAUGCCAUUUUCAGUUCCAGCAUGCUGUUAAUAUUGAUGAAAAUCCAAUGUAACGCCCAUAAGAAAAAAUUAAGGUUAUGAUGGUGGCACAUAGAAGAAACGUCAGAUAGUGAAUUUGAAAAUGUCAUCAUAUAGCAAGAAAAAAGUGGCGAUGUAAAUGUGCCAUCUAAUUUGAAUUACCCAGUAUAUACGAAGUUAGGAAUAAUUUUGUGCUCAGAACUACUUUCUCACGGAGAAUUUUGCGGAGCAUCCAGUGGCGUACUCAAUUUUUUUUGGGGUAUGGUUUUGGAGAUAUGCCACAAAUGGAACACCCUAUAUUUUUUAUUUCUUUGAAUUAUUCUCUCCAUAAUGACAUAUAUAUUUAUAAUUUAUCUUUUCAGAAUUGUAUCUUUCCUUCUAAAUGGAAAGCCUCUCAGAUUAUUCGUUUGUCACUGGAAAUCUGAGACAUCCAGUGGCUAUUGUUUUGUAAAUUUAAAAUUUGUGUACUGAGAUGUAUUGUAUUUCAGACUUGUACCUGUACUUUGACAUAUUUAUCCACCUAUGGUGGUAGCUGUGGC